UUUAAGCCAAUCAAUACACCACACUUUCUUAAAAAUUUCUGGAUACAUGUACAUUUGUCUGACGUAUUGAAUAAUGGAUUUCGCAAAAACUUCUAGCGUUGAGGAAACCGAAAACACAGAAAAUAUUACACAUUCCAAAAACUUGCACGAAAAUGUGACAAAAUUUUUUGACACCAUAGGAAAUAUUUCACGAAAUAUGCGCAAGGAUGAUUGGACAUACUUACAAAGCCAUCCGGAGAUAAGAGCUAUAAUUCGGGUUAUUACGACCGAGGCGAUCAAAGCCAAGCCUUCUAAUAUAUAUCACUUUGCGGCUAGUCUAUUUGACUGCGACAAGGACCAGGAGUUGGUGGAAAAGAUAAAUAAGCAACUUAAGUGGGUCAACGAGCAGUUAAAAGGAGGCACUUGGAAUCCUGCAGAUGGAAAUAUGUUUUUUUCCUCAUCCAGCGAAAACCCUUCUGAAAACGAUCGUAAAUGCCAAAAUAACUUCAACUCUACCGAAAAACUGGAAGUGUCUGAAAAACUAGUUUGUCCGGAAAACUAUAAGCCCAACUGUAAAAAAUGUUAGGAAAUGAGGUUUUGAAAAUUCAAAAAAUUUAAUAAAUACGGCUAUUUGAUAUUGCCCCAAAACUGAUGCUUGUCAACUAUGCCGAAAUAAAAUA